UCCUUCCUCGUCUUCCUUUACAGAGACGAACAGAGACAGAAGAGAGAGAUGGGUGCGUGUGCAUCGAGGUUUAAGGUACUGAAGGCGGAAACAAACGCGCCUGUGACGAGGGAAACCGAGCCAACUGAGACGAAGGGGAAGGAAACCAUAGUGGUUGACGUAAAGCAAGCGGAAACUUACGGUGAAGUGGAAGGGGAGAACAGUCGCCAGUCUCUUGAGUUCCUUCUGAAAGAGGUAGAAGUAAAAGAAUCUGCUGCUCCCACGGAGCAAUCGAAAACAGAGCGUCCUGAGGAACAAGUAGACGAGAUUACAGCAAGCACCAUAACAGAUGAGAAGGCAACUACUGUGGAAAAGCCUUCGGACGCAGUGCGACCUGCAGCAAAUGUCGAAUCCAAAACGGAGACAGCUGCGCAUGUGGUCGAGCAACAUUCCAAGACAGAGCCGCCUGUGGUGGAAGUCGAGAGACCUGCAGCGGCCGCAGAUGCUGCCGCUUGCGAGAAGCCGGCCGCGGUGGCAACCAAAACCACCGUUACUGAGAACACAGCUGCGGUGACGGAAACCAAGAAAACCAGUGAAGCACGAGCGAAAGAAUCCAACACAGUCGGGAAGGUGGAAAUCAAGAACACUGUAAAUUAAUGUCAACCAUCAGCCCCAUGGAAGGAGGGCGACGUCGGAUUUGCCGGUUUCUGCAAGUGCUAAGAUUGUUUGGAGUA